AUGUCUAUUCAUAAUUAAGAAGGUUAAUUCUAAACAAUAAACAAUUUAGAAUUGGACUAAGGUUUAUCAGAAGAAAUUGAAGCAUCUAAAUUAUUGUUGCCUAAUACUAUCCCAAAAUAAGUUGUUGAUUAAUUUUUAGAAAUUAUCGAAUCACACUAAUUCAUGUAGGUUUCUGCUAACGAUGUACUUAAUAUUAAAUUGGAAUCGGAGGACAUUAUAUCAUUAUAUGUUGAAUUAUUCAUUUUAAAAAAAUAUUUAACAAAGUAUAACUUAGAAGAAUAUGAAGACCAUGAUAUGAAUAUUUUAAACGCAUAAAUACUUAUUCCAAAAUUGAUUCAUUUAAUCAAAACUAAUGAGAUUCCAUUAAUUUAAUAUGAUGUUCUUUGGAUUCUUGGUAAUAUAGCUACAUUCUAAGCGUUCGAUAAAUUAAUUAUUUAAAAUGAUGGUAUUGAUAUUAUUCUACAAUAUUUGAAUUCAACUUAUCAAUAAAUUUAAUUAUAAGCAAAUUGGACAUUAGGUAACAUAGCAACUGAAGGAGAAUUAUAAUAAGUUUGCAGAGAUUAGGUUAGGUAGAAAGGUGGGGUUGAAUCGAUACUUAGACUACUAUCGAAAUUGAAGGAUCCUAAAACUAUUGAAUAGUGUAUCUGGAGUCUUACCAAUAUCUGUUCAGACGGAAUUACUCAUCUAAAAGAAGAGACUGUUAAAGAAAUAAUUCUGUAGUUAUGUAAUUUUAUAAAUAAUUAUGAUGAUGAAAUUAUAAUUCAAACUUGUUUAGUAUUUUUGUGUGAAAUAAUACCAUCUACUUAUGAAAAAAGCCUUUAUAUUGUACAAAGCAACAUAGUCCCUAAAUUAUUAAGAUUAGUUGUUAAUUAAAAAAGAAAAAUAAGUAUUAAAUCUUUUGAGUUCCUUUAUGAUCUUUUUGAGAGCGGUGGUUAAGUGUGUGAUCAUAUUUUAUCAUUAAAAUUUUUAGAUGUGGCUGAAACACUAUUGAAAGAUAAAAAUUCUAGAAUUAAAAAGAUGGAUGUUUUAACUUGCUGUCUUUUGCUUUGUAAAGGAACUGAGAAACAGUAAAAGUUAUUAAUAGAAAAUUAAAUGGUCUUUUAAGAAAUUUUUAAAUAAGUGUAGUUGAAAAAUACUAAUUUUAUCUAGUCUUUUGUAAAUUUAACACUGUCAAAAGACAGAGAUAUUAUUUUGGUUCUUAUUAACAAUCAAAUUAUUUCGAAUUUCACUAUUUUGUUUGAAUAACUGCAAGAUAAUGAAUUACUUGAAAAAAUGUUAAAAGGGUUGGAAAAUAUAUUUUCAGUGGUCAAAACUGAAAUCGUAGAACUGAAUCCAAAAUAACUAAUAAAUAAUUCUGAAUUAAAUUAAAUAAAAGAAUUAUUUUAUUUCCAUAAAGUUACAUCGCUAAGAGUUUCUGCUGAACAUAUAAUUUAAUUAUUAGAAUGA